CUGCGCUCCGCCCGCCUGGAAUGGGGGGCGUCAGAAUCUGGAAUCUGAUUGGUGGGAGCAUCUGUCCAUCACUGGACACCACAGCCUGAGAGGGAGGGGCUUCACACACAGGGAGGACCUAAGCCACGCCCAGCUCUGCUGACCUCACUACCGGACCAUGUCGAGAUCAGGAGAGUUGCCGCGGAUACCGUCGACGUCGGUCGCCCCGACGACGACCGGCGCGCACCUGUUGCUGUGGUGCGUCGCUGCCGUGACGACGUGGUUGUCGUCGACGGCGACGGCUCAACAGCACCCGAUCGUCACCACAAACUACGGCAAGCUGCGGGGCCAAAAGACGGCGCUGCCCAACGAGAUCCUGGGUCCGGUGGAGCAGUACCUGGGCAUCCCGUACGCCCUGCCCCCGACCGGCGAGCGCCGAUUCCAGCCGCCCGAGCCGCCCUCCUCCUGGUCGAGCAUCCGCAACGCCACGCAGUUCGCGCCCGUCUGCCCGCAGUUCCUGGAGGACCGCUUCCUGCUCAACGACAUGCUGCCCGUGUGGUUCACGGCCAACCUGGACACGGUGGUCACCUACGUGCAGGAGCAGAGCGAGGACUGCCUGUACCUCAACAUCUACGUGCCCACGGAGGACGGGUUCCUGAGUACAGGUGACCAGGCUGCCAAGGGGAACUACGGGCUGCUGGACCAGAUCCAGGCCCUGCGGUGGAUCAAAGAGAACAUCCAGGCCUUCAAAGGGGACCCCAAGAGAGUGACCAUCUUCGGCUCCGGCGCUGGAGCCUCCUGUGUCAGCCUGCUCACGCUGUCCCACUACUCAGAGGACCUGUUCCAGAAGGCCAUAAUUCAGAGCGGCACAGCUCUGUCCAGCUGGGCGGUCAACUACCAGCCGGCCAAGUACACGCGCAUGCUGGCCGAGAAGGUGGGCUGCAACAUGCUGGACACCAUCGACCUGGUGGAGUGCCUGCAGAACAAGAACUACAAGGAGCUCAUCGAGCAGUACAUCACGCAGGCCAAGUACCACAUCGCGUUCGGCCCGGUCAUCGACGGCGACGUGAUCCCCGACGACCCGCAGAUCCUGAUGGAGCAGGGCGAGUUCCUCAACUACGACAUCAUGCUGGGCGUCAACCAGGGCGAGGGCUUCAAGUUCGUGGACGGCAUCGUGGACUCGGAGGACGGCGUGUCGGCCAACGACUUCGACUUCGCCGUCUCGGACUUCGUGGACCACCUGUACGGCUACCCCGAGGGCAAGGACACGCUGCGCGAGACCAUCAAGUUCAUGUACACCGACUGGGCCGACAAGGAGAACCCCGAGACGCGCCGCAAGACGCUGGUCGCGCUGUUCACCGACCACCAGUGGGUGGCGCCGGCGGUGGCCACGGCCGACCUCCACGCCCAGUACGGCUCGCCGACGUACUUCUACGCAUUCUACCACCACUGCCAGAGCGAGAUGAAGCCCAGCUGGGCGGACUCGGCGCACGGGGACGAGGUGCCGUACGUGUUCGGGAUCCCCAUGAUCGGACCCACCGACCUCUUCAACUGCAACUUCUCCAAGAACGACGUCAUGCUCAGCGCCGUCGUCAUGACCUACUGGACCAACUUCGCCAAGACCGGAGACCCGAACCAGCCGGUCCCGCAGGACACCAAGUUCAUCCACACCAAGCCCAACCGCUUCGAGGAGGUGGCCUGGUCCAAGUACAACCCCAAGGACCAGCUGUACCUGCACAUCGGGCUGAAGCCGCGCGUGCGCGACCACUACCGCGCCACCAAGGUGGCCUUCUGGCUGGAACUGGUCCCGCACCUGCACAACAUCAACGAGCUCUUCCAGUACGUCUCCACGACGACCAAGAUCCCGCCGCAGGACACCACGCCGUACCCGUACACCAAGCGUCUGGGCAAGAACUGGCCGUCCACCACGCGGCACCCGGGCGCCCAGCCGCCCGCCAACACCAAGCAGAGCACGGACAAGCGGCAGGCGACGGGCGAUGUAGGGGACGAGUCGUCGGUGGUGAUCGAGAAGCGCGACUACUCCACGGAGCUGAGCGUCACCAUCGCCGUGGGAGCCUCGCUGCUCUUCCUCAACAUCCUGGCCUUCGCCGCGCUCUACUACAAGAAGGACAAGCGGCGCCACGAGUCCAACCGCCGCGGUCUGAGUCCGCAGGGCCUCGGGGACGGGCGGGUCGGAGGGGUCAGCAUCGGGUCGGGCUCGGCGCCGCCGGGGUCGGCGACCAACGUGGCCAACGACGUGUCGCACGUGCCCGGCGACGAGCUGCUGUCGCUCCAGAUGAAGCAGCAGCAGCAGCAGCAGCUGGACGAGGCGCGUCUCCACGACGACCACGCGCACCACCACCACGACUGCGACUCUUUGGCGGCGCACGACACGCUGCGUCUGAGCUGCCCGCCCGACUACGCGCUGACGCUGCGGCGCUCGCCCGACGACCUGCCGCUCAUGACGCCCAGCACCAUCACCAUGAUCCCCAACGCCCUCGCCGCCAUGCAGCCGCUGCACAGCUUCAACGCCUUCGGCGGCAGCCAGAACAGCACCAACCUGCCCCACGGACACUCCACCACCCGCGUAUAG